AUGAGGCUGACCCUUAUCUUGCCAGCCAGCUGCAAGGGGAUUAUCUGGGAACAGAGCUCUGCACACACAUUGCACUGGCUGGGCUGCCUCGAGACCUUUCUCUUGUGUUGUAAAGCCAGCAAGAAAACAAGGAUUGAACUACUCUGGUGCACCACCAGCAUUACUGACUGCUCACUGAAAAACCUGACUGUAGAAAACCUGCCCACUGCCUUCCGUCCCUCGGCUGAAAUCAUCCACCUCGCUUCCAACAGGCUCACCUCUAUUCCCAACGGGCUCUUUGACAAUCUGAGGAGCCUCCAGGCAGUCUACCUGCAGGGCAACCCUUGGGAAUGCACCUGUGACAUCCUCUACCUGCGCUCCUGGCUGCAGUGGCAGCAGAACCGGAGCCUGUACAGGGAUGUGAGGUGCAGCUCCCCGGAGCACCUGCAGGGCCGCAUCAUCGCCUACCUGACAGAGGAUGAGAUCGUCUCCACGUGCCAGCACUGGUACUGCAGCCUGGCUCUGCUCUCUCAGCUCUCCCUCUUCAUCCUCCUUAUCCUCCAGGCUAUCUUGGUUAUCCUCAUCAUUGUCUACCUGCGGAAAUUUCGGAGAAUGGCGGCUGAAGUCCGGAGCACCACCCGAGAACUAGGCCAGCAGGGAGACCCUUGGGAAUCUUCUUAAAUAAACCCCUCCAACAAUGAUUAACAUCAUGAGACAGAAGACCCUCCUCCCUUUGGGGGACACUGUGCCAACGUCCUGUAGUUUGUGAUACCAGAGGGGACAAUUUAGUACAGCAUCUAAUCCUGACUGCAGUCUGAAGCAGGACUUGAACUGAUCAGACUUUUGCUGUGUUCCUAAAGAAUAAAUCUUGUGGUUUUUCAAUGCUUUAAAUUCUUCAGCAUGAUCUUGGCUACUUGUCUGAGCUGGAGGUGGUUUGGUAGACUAAGGAAAUCAUAAACUACAGCAACCAGAACUGACUCAAACAGCUCAUAAGGGCUCCAGUGCUCAAUCCCUCCCCUCCUACAGUAUUCCAGCCAUAUUUCUCAGGAUGCUUCUGGUUGUGCUGGGUCAGGUGAGGACAGAGGUGAGCAGUAAACUGUUCGAGUACUGAGCUAGGACAAUGGAGAAAUAGUUUCCUUCUGCUACCACAGACAGCAUUAAGAGCUUUGGACUAGGGAUUUAGUCUUCUCCUGCCUUGGUUUCCCAAGUAAAAGGGAAAGGAACUAUCUUCUUUCUUGAUGCAUUUUUUCCAAUGUUCUUCUAGGAGAGGGAGGACAUGUCUAGAAGCCCACUCACUUUACCUUAUCUGCAUUCCUUUUAGUCUACUUUAGUUUUAAUACUGACUUAAUUGAGUGAAACCGGGGCCCUGAAUCUUUAUGAGAAAUUCAUCCUGAAGACAAGAAUUGUUUAAUUGUGCCUGUAUAGCGCCUGGCACAAGAGAUCUGGUCUUGAGAGGCUCAGACUACAAACUCCACUGAUGUGCCUACUGCUGUUUAUGGUGUCCCUUAAUUAUUUUUGAAAUAAAGCAAAAUUUAAAUAAAA